AUGAUUCCCUUUAAUACCAAUGCAAUUGUUUAUGAUAAUACCCCUUGGAUGCCAGGUAGAGACCUUAAUACCGAAGAAAGGUCUGCUACUGAUAUGGACGAGAGGAAAUUGAAGAAUGUCGCCACGAAAGUAAUGGCUAAUGGAGUGGAAUUACUAGUUAAAGACAAAAGUGUUGAUGGAAAACAUGAACAGCGAAAUCUUAAAAACAGAGUGAGCAAGUUCUCGUCAGCGAUCAAUACAAAUACUUCAAUAAGACCAAAACAAUUAAUAUCUUCGGCAGUCGCUACAUUUUUCAAUCAACAGCAAAUAAGUGCUUUAUUUCCGUUGAAUCAAUUCAUGCAGCAUAAUUACAUUAUCAAGACUUGUAUGACAACAUAUACGUAUUUGACGACGAUUGUGCACAACAAAAGAAGCGCUAUUUCCACAUUCGAGACAAUAGUUUCUGUUGUGACAACAGAAUCAUUGACAAAUUUGUUUGCUACAGAUAUAUUGGUCGAUUUACAGCCGACGAAAACAAAAUAUAUGGAAGUGAAAACGAUUCAACCGACAGCGUCACUGAGCAAUAUGUUCGUGAAUAGUUUCCCAAAAGCUGACAAAAGGAUUGACAACGAGGGCAAUUUCGAUAUAAUCCAACCUUCAGAAGUCAGUCAUGUACCAUGCACGACUUCAUGCUCAUGCAGCCAUUCACAAACAGAAGGACUUAAUACUAAGCAUAUAAAUGUCGACAUGGCAUCAUCAAACUUUGGCUUGAAAACAUCACAAUAUGGCGGUACAAUUUUAGAUUUUAAGUCCACAAAGAAAGAAACUCUCGAUAAAAAAACUCAAUAUGAACCCUAUGAGUAUGAAAGCAGCUCACAAUUGACACCCACAGAUAGAAUAGUAGAGAAAUAUACUGAAAUAAUUGUCGAUUACUCGGAUGAAAAAGAUUCAAGUCCUGUAGAAGAAAGCGAAUUGUUAACAAACGAACAGGCUCCAGGACCUCCGAAAACAAAUAAAAUUCACAAGUCUCCAGAGAAAAACAAACCAGACCAGAAACCAAACAAAAAUAAAUUUGUUGUCGCUGAUUUGUUAAAAUUAGGAACUCUAGGUAUAAAAGGAUUAACGCGGCUAGCCCCAGUGUUGGAAAAGAUGACAGGCGGUUUUAUUAAGCGACAUGACAACAUAGCAGACAAAACAACGACAACUACUCACCAACCAGCUAUGAAGCUGACUGCUUACAGUGCUAAUAAAAGAAUCGAUACAGACAUAGAUGUAAAAAAAGAUAAUUUUCCUAUAUACAUACCCGUUGAUGAACUAGAAACAUCUGAAUCACAGUUAGUUUUUACUAAUGCGACGUUACAUCAAAAUUUGGCGUGGGUAACCGAGCAUAAGUAUCCAAAAGCACCAAUCACCCCACCGAAAUUCAUUCAUGAAAGCCCUCUAGUUAAUGGCGGUAUACCUAUCAGUCCAGGUGAGAUCAUCACAGCGAAUUCCGAUCUGAUAGUUGGGACACCAGCUGUCGGAAGACCGUUAACAUUGGCUGCCAGUGGCAUAAAAUUACACAACCAAGUUAACCCACCACCAAUUGAUAGUUUCGUAUCGGCUAAUGAACAGUAUUUAGUUAAUGAAAAACCGAUGAGUGAUCAGCCAGAAGUAAAAGUAGACGAUUCAUUUGAUUUAAGACCGCCUGAUGUACCCAAGAACAAGCCUAGACCCCGGCCUCUGAAUGGACAAAGGCCAUAUGGCUCUUAUUCUGCCACAGAAAAUAAGAUGCCUUUUCGUAAACCCUCUCCAGGGCACACGGCUCACGAUCAAGUAAUAAACCCAGAAAAAAUAAAAACUAUAAAUACAGUGUUGGGUAAUCACGGUCGGCCUGUAUUCUUAGAUUAUAUUCCUUCGCUAGCCAAACCUGCAAAAAAACCUAAUGGAUAUAACACAAAUUUCAACCCGAGUACCGAAGACAUGAAAGGAAAAGAGAUAUUGGAUAACAGUCCAAGCUCAUCAGAAAUUGUGAACACACAAAUAAAGACAGAGUCUGAUUACACUAUCACUGGGAGUCCAGAUUCCAGUAAACCAUUUUUGGUUGACAUCCAACCUUCUAGGGUUGCUAAUGUCUUAAUUCCUCACGGGAGUUCAACUGCGUUAGUUUUUGCUGGUUCAUCUGAACCACACAAAACUGGUGAUUAUGUGGAUGAUCCAUUGCCUUAUCCAGAACCAGGAUACUUUGGAAGUUUCAGCAUAGAUGCUCCUCAAAUGACAAACGUUCAUAAUGUAGCACCUAACAGUAAUCAGAUAUUUAAUGGCCCAAACGUUAAUUUUCCAUUAGAACCCCAAAACCAGAACUCAGCUACCCAUAAUAAGCCAGUGAGGAAUGAUGUGAAAGUAAAAUGGAAUGAAAAUAAACGACCAGAUAUAAACAAUUUUCCACCUACGCCGAAUAACCAAGAAGGUCAUGUACGAGUCAGUCCACAAAUAUCUGCUUACAAACCAAACCUCUAUAGUGCAAAUACUGAUUUUGGUAAAUUAAAUCAAAUAAAAGGAAAGGAAAAACUAAAAGAUGGCAAAGAAUUUAUCGACAAAGAAUAUGAAAAUUUUCUGGCAGUACCCCCACCGCCGCUAAAGGUAUUUUAUAAUACAGAAAAUACUCAAGAAAAUCAAAAUAAGCCGUACAACCAAAGACCAAUUGUUCAUACAAAACCGGUGCAGGAUAUGAAAGUGUUUCUAAAUGCUCAACAUCAUCAACAUUCGCUUCCUAAAGAACAGUUACCCCCUAAGGUGACGUCGGAAAUCUACUUUGCGUCUCAAGCACCAAAUAAUAAGCCAACUCCAUCUUACACUAUUCAUAUACCACCUGUAGCACCUUCCUUCGUAAAUACGUACAAUAAAUUAGCUAAUGUAAACAGGCCGGCACAUAGACCAUCGGUCUCAAGUGACCCAGCACAUUCUUUUCCAAUUUCGUCCUCAUUGAAUAUGGUCAACAAAUCGAUUGCUAGUCAUAGUGAUAGUAAAGAUGAUACUACUUAUACUGUAACUUUGAAUACAGCUACAAAUGUUGCGGGCAAUGUUGGCGAUAGGCAAAUUAUUGGUUCCAGUGCCCCCGUUUCAAUAGGUACAUCCUCCAGCGUUGGCUUAAAUACUGACAUUCCUAUUGGAACUAAUUUCGCUAUCCGAGUGGAAGAUAAUUCAGGUCUAUAUGAGACGCACAAUGUACAAGGACAGAAAAAUCCAUUUAUCUAUGAUGAACAUGGUCGUGCUCCUAGCGUUAUAGUUGGUGACAAUAAUAGAUGGAACAAGAGUUCUACAGGAAAAACGGAGUCGAGCAUUUUAAGUCAUUCGCACUACAACAACAAUGCCGAAAGACCUAUAGUGACAGAAAUUGUUCGCCCCACACUGCCACCGUCUCUUAACAGUCAUGCUAAUUUCCCCAUGAUCAAUGAAGAAACCAGACCGGCUGUAAAUAAUGUAAAGCCGGUUCACGAAAUAAAUCGUGAUGUUAUCGCAGCUGAUCAGAAGAGACCACCAAAACUAAUUCCUAACAUUCCAACAAACUCUCACGGGUGGUAUUCUAGUAUUUUAAACGAUAACGUCAUUCACAAUAUUAAAAUCGAUAUCACAACACAGAAAUCAAUUCCUCUUAUACAUGAUCAUAAUGAAAAUGGUCCUGAUUAUGGAGAAAAACUUCCGGGUGUUGGAAAGCCUCCUCCGCAUUGGCAACAUUCUGGACAUGUUCAUAGCAACAUGAACCUUGGCAAACCAUUUACUAAAGCUACAUUUAAUGAUCAACACCGCCCCACAAUCCCACCGUUAACAACCAAACCAAAUAAAAUUAAUUACAUACCAGCUAAUUUCGGGGCUAUAAAUCAACAAGCUUAUGACAUUCCUAUUAGGGAUAACAGUCAUGAAACUACUACUAGUCACAUAUCAACAACAACGUUAACGGAAAGGGAGAAACCGAUUUAUGAAAACUCUGAAGAGAUUUAUGAUGGAGAAGAUGAAUCUGACAGUACAUACGAUACUGACGGUGAAGUCAGUUUAGAAUCCAUGAAAGUUCCUGUUAUUAGUGCUUCGAAUGAAUUGAAAGUUUCAACAUCAUCAACAGAGAUAACUUUGCUUCAAGAUGAAGUUUUUAAUCCACCCAAGCAGGAAUCUUCAAACAAAAAUAAACAAGUGGAUUUCAAUCACGGGACCCAAACUGAGAAACCAUUCAUAGCGAACAAUAGAACUGGCUUCAAAAGUAACGCAAUAAAACCUAUUUACGAAAAUAAGUACCAAAGUAUGAAACCGAGGCCAUUUACCAUGAAUAAUGGUGCGAUAAUUGACCACCAAUUACAACAACCACAUUGGCAGAUAAACCAUAUGAUGGAAAAUUCAAGUAACGCGUCGUACGAAAGUAAUUUAGACUUGAAUAUUGGUGAAGAAAUACCGUCCAGCCCAAAACCAGUUCCAAAUGUGAACACUCAAUACUAUUAUGGUCAAUCACAUUCGAAAGAUAAACAUUCGAGACCAGAAUUUUCCAAAAGCAAUUAUACUCAGGUAUUUAAUGAUACCAAUAUUAUUACUUCAACAGUCCAUAUUAAGGACAAAAAACCUUUGAUUGUUGAAAAGGCAACAGAAAAGUCAACAUUACAUAAAUUAACAAUCACAACGGAAUCAAGUUCAAAUAAGACGUCAACCGAAAUAAUAGAUCUUUCACCACCUCCCCCUACAAUGGAUUACAAUUUUAAACCAUCUACAAAUGAUGAAAUGAUUAUGGGUAUGAGUCCACCACCGAGAAUGCCCCCUGCUGUUCGUUUACCUCCCAGAAUGCCUAUCACACCAAGGCCUAUUCCAGUUAGAACACCUCCUUCUUAUAGACUAAAACCUCAAAAAACAACAAGACCUUCAACGCAAAGACCUGUAAGAAAGCCUCAUAAUCGAGAUGACAUUUCAACCUAUAGACCGAUUUACGAUAUAUUGAACAACGUACGUCGUCCCAUUUAUAAUAACAAUCAACCAUCCUCCCAACUAUUACCACCCCCAAGAGAUAUAUCGAGUGAAAUAAGUUCUGCUUCAAUACCUAAUAUAGUGUUCCCAACCCCUACAUCUUCAGGCUGGUUGACAUCAUCCGGUGUCGAAUUCUCUUCUAGUUUUGACUUUGGCCCAACAUCUGUACAAUUCCCAGCAAUCGACCAAUCUUCAAUUACGGCUCAACUACCCGAGGAACCCUCUUCUGAUAAUUCCUAUUCUUAUGAAGUAGAUUAUUCUUCUGAACGAAGUGAAGAGUUAAGUUCGCAAAAACCAGAAACUACUGAGAAAUACGAACAAUCAAAUGAGGCUUCUAGUUCUGAGCCUACAACAAUAGUGACAACUGAAAAAAAUAAAACGAAUGAAGAACAUGAUUCAGUUGCUAGUGAAUCAGUUGAAGAUACAACCACGGAGAACAAGACAAUUCAAUUAGACAAUAAGAAUCGAGUCCGUAAACCAUAUCCAGUUCGGCUGGAUGAUAGAAAAUCUAGUACUUACAAAUUUAAACUUCCUAAGCCGACUGCUAUAAAACCAACAAGAACAUUAUCUCGAUCUGAUGUUUUAUAUCCGACCAGACAUACAUCUAUAAAGAAGAUUAUAAGACCAAUACCUACACGGUAUCCGGCCGUAUCGCCGCCUAAUAUAAUUGAAAGUUCUGAAAGCUCUGCCAACGAAGAGUUCAUUAAGCCGACCGAGGUACUUAAAGAAAGUACUCCAACACCCAUUCUGGAAAUUCCGAAUGUUAUAGAUCACCAAUCAAAUAUAAUAACCUCGAGCAUGGAAAAUAUUAGUCCUAACCUACAACCAACACAUCACGCCGGCAACGAAAUCAAAAUAUCAGACGACAUAGUUCCAACAAAGACCGAAUUCAGAACUACGGUUGUUACACUUACGAAAACAUUAUCGGAACCACCGAAAACUGUAUCCAGUAUCGAUUACGUGAACCUAACACAUACAUUGACGGUCACUCUGACAGAGACAAGUUUGGUGAGUCAAUCGGAAGGGGCUGUAACUGAAACCCUAGUACUGACAAACACACACACGUCCACAAUAGUCGACGUGGUUACAAAAGUACAGACACAAGUUCAACCGACUACCAUAAUCGAAACAGUGACCAAACAUAUUCCCAUUCAAGUUGAACCAACGCCAGUGCAAGAGACUUCGGCUAAAACGAAAAUAGCCUUAGAUGACGUCACUAUUUCUUCGGAAGAAAACGAUAAUUUCAUUAUUAGAGACAGCGACGUAACAGAAAACAUACAGAAGAUUGAUACCGACGGAGCAAACGACAGUGAUACAUUCUUUGUUGUUAUGAACAAGUCUCAGAACGGCGGUCACUCACCUCCAGUCAGCACUAGCGUUGAAACUGAAUUUGAUGACCUAACCAGAAACGAACAAGUCAAUAGCAACGGUGUAUCUCAAGUUCUCUUUGGUGAGAUCCUACUGGCUGGGGCACCUUACUUGGAGACAACAAACGUCGGACCCGGUUUUGGAAAAGAAUGUCAGCCUGAUUGUAAAGCUUCGAGAAACGAAAGAUGCCAGAGAAUUGAUGGACUCAUGAAAUGUGUGUGCAGACCAGGUUUUGCUAGAAUGUUCCCCGAUAGACCAUGCAAACCUACCUAUACAUACUCUGUGAAAUUAGCACUGGCUUCUCAAGGGGAAAGCCGCUUGCAAUUCCAAGAAAGCCUCUCUGAUAACUCCAGUAAAGAAUACCAAGCUCUAGCCGUGGCCACUCAUGAAGGCAUCAACAGGAUGGUGAUGCAAUCAGAUCUUAGGGACGUUUACCAUGGUAUCCAUAUUGCCGGCUUCCAUCCAGUUGAAAUUCAGAACGAUACUGGAACUGGGUAUCAGGGAGUCAUGAACGAUUUCUAUGUACAGCUUUCUGACAAUGCUCACGAGAACCGAUUGAAGGAAGUUAUAGAGAAAUAUCUGAGAAAUAAUAACUACAGUCUCGGAGGGACUGAUGUGCACGCUGCUAGCGAAUUGUUGGACAAAAUGGACGUUAGUGAUUUCGACGAGUGUACAAGCGGCCAGUUCCAUGACUGCUCAGAGCACGCGCAGUGCUUCAACCUACGAGGGACCUACACUUGUAGCUGCCUCGAAGGGUUCGCAGAUCUCAGCGUGAACAAUCUGUAUCCCGGCCGAAUUUGUUCUGCGGAGCCGGUGGGAUGCGCGCGUUGCAACUAUCACGGCACGUGCUACUCCAGAGACGACAAACGCGUGCUCUGCGAAUGCUUCCAGUGGUACUCCGGCAGUACUUGUCAGAUCAACUUGAAAGUGGUCCUUAUAUCGUUGGUGGUCGCCGGAGCUCUCCUCACGGUGGUACUGGCCGCAUGCGCGGUAAUAGCUUGUCGCCGCAGCAAGCCACCGCAGCGGUCCAUCGUCACAUGCAUUCAGGGCAUGCCUACUCUACAUCAGGGAGCAAUGCCGAAGCAGCGGACCGAUAGGCGAGCUCUUAUCAGUGAGCAAGGCGAGCCUCGUGAUAACACCAGUAUCCAGAACGCCUCCCUGCCUUACAUGCCCGCCAAGCGACCUUCGUCUUCGAAGAAGCUGGUGAUCUCGGACCCCCCGAGUCACGAUCCGCCCCCUCCCCCCGCACCAGCCGUGCUGAUACCUCGAGCCAGGUUCCAUCCUCAUCACGGAGACAGUCGGGAGAAUCUAGCCAGAAAGAGGAGUUUGGAGCUGAGCAGCGAGGCUAAGCUGAUCAGCUACUUGGAGUCCGGGGCCGCCACUACUCACGACGAGAUGCGAAGGAAGCACAGCUUGGAGUCUUCGUAUAGCGCCAACAGGGAUAGACCAAACAAAAAGGGAGCUUUAGUAUCAGCCGGCUUUAAAGUAUCCACCACGAUCCGACCUGAUGAGAAUAUGAAGGAUGACAGAGACGAUAUGUCUUCGGUGAACAAAGCAGAGCUGGAAGCGGACUUGGCGAGAUUCGACUCUUUAAGGAAGGCCUACAGCCAAGACGACAUGUCCGAAUGGACGGACGCUGAAAGAAGACUCGGAGAACUGACAUUAUCGGAAGCUCGUUCAGUGGGCGGGACCUUGCCGGCUAGUACUGGAAGAGCUGCUUCUUCAACAAGACUGACCCACCAGGAAGCUAACACGAUGGCCGAGAGAGACCUUGGAUCCACAUUCCUUCUGCCGCAUGUACACCUAUACAAACCAGAUCUUACAAGCGACGUAUCGGAGUUCGAUUCCUUGUAAAGAGUGGAAUCAAGAAAACCUGCUAGUAUUAUGUAAUAAUUAUAUUCAGUACGGUCUAAACCACCAAAGUAAAGACUUUAUUUAUUCAAUUAAUUUAUUCAAUUAUUUUUAAUUUAUUUUUAAUUUUAAGAUAAAUUUUAGAA